UAUUGUUUUUUAAAGGGACAGGCUCGGUUUUAAUGGGCGACGGCUGCUGGGGAAAAUAAGACAGACAAGAAUACACACACACACACACACUCACAGAGAGAGACAGAUCCAAGGCCCGGGUGGCGGAGGACGUGGAUUAAAGAAAAGGAGCAGAAAGCCUGAGAUCUGCAGUAGAGAGAGGGGGUGCUGUAAUGGAGGUGUGUUGGAGAAGGUGAAAAUGGUGAGACGGGUUUGGUGUCGAUGUGUUUGCACUGGAGAGGAGAGAAGGAGAGAAGGAGAGCUGAUCUGAUCUGCUGUUACUAAAAAUAAAAGAAGAGAGCCAACUGUGGUGUUGCUGCACGCAGCUCCAUGCUGGCUGUGGGAGCGACUUCACCCUGAUUCCUGCUGCAGUUCCUCAGCACUCAGCCCGGGCAGGACGGACAGACUGAGAGCAAGAGACGGAGAGAGAGGAAGAGGAAAAGACAGAAGUGUAGCAAAGUUUGGUGUCUCUGGAAUGCCCUGCUCAGGAUGCAGCCCACGAGCGACCCAUCAGGAGCCCAGGAAGGGCGUGAUUGGCCGCUGGUCUGGUCUGGGCGGAGCUUGAGGUUAGACGUCAUCUGUUUUUGUUUGACGCUUCACUGACACUCCGCCCCUUUGGCCUUUGUUCUCUUCCUGAGUAGGAAUGCUGUUGUUGCGUCACACGAGCAGCGUUGGAGAUGGCCGAACUCAGGGGCUAGGCUCAGGGUCAGAGGGCGAAGGUCAACACGGGUGGACGUGGCUGAACCCGGAUACCGUCGAGAAGGAGCAGGCAGACGUGUGUUGUGCUACAAGGCAUUAUGGGAAAUGUAAUGUGCUGGUCCUAAAGCGGAUCUAAACAUCGUCCAGAUCCUCUUCUCGCUCUGUUGAACUCUGCACAACUUUUUUAGAACUUUUUAAGAAUAAACAUUAUAUAAAUUGUAGUGCAACUGUCUUUUAAAAAAAAAACCAUCACCAUGCGUCAUCUUCAUGUGGAGCUGGUCCGGAAGGAGGCUCGAGCUGGAGACCUGCCACCACCCAGCGACCCACAGGUGACCUUCGACCCCCAGCCAAGACCUCUGAACCAGGAAGAGCUGCGGCUGCAGAAGGUUUAUCAGCUUUCCAUCUUUUCCCAGAGAGGAGGGUUUAAAAGCAGUAUGAAGCGUGGAUUAGAGGAGACAUCGGACCCCGUCGUUGCACCCAAACGCCUCCUUCAGGAUGAGGACGAGGAUGAGGAUGACGACGAAGAAAUGGAAGGGGAGGUGCUGUGUGGAAGAGGCUCCACCCCUUUACUACCACCACUCCCUGCAAAGGAUGCUUUUGCCCCGCUGUCACCCAAAUCGCCCCCUAUGGUGGACCCUCACACCCCCCCUACUGCCCCUCUGGAGCCCUCACAGUCUUCACAUCCACCGUUAACCCCUGCUGAGGUUAUCGGGUGGGGGGCAGAGCUUGAAAAGACCCCACCCCCUUCAGAAAGACAGCCCCAUCCACCAUCGCCACCUUCCUGCUCUAACGGGUCGAGUUCGUCAGAAAGGAGCGGCGAGGUGAAGAAGAAGAAGCUGCUGUCGUUCAGUGACGUCGGAGAUUCGUGCUCUGAGGACGAAGGACCAUCGACGUCCAAACGCUGCCGUCUGGCGCUGACCCCCGGGAUCGGACUGGCACCGGGACGCAGCACCGACUCCAAGGCUGCCCCCUAUUGGACACACCUUCUGCCCACAACCAGAGAGCAGGGCAAAAGCUUGGCUGAGUGUUCCCGAUCGUCGCGGAGGCUAAAGACCAGCGCUCGCCUCAAAUCCCGUCAGUUGCGCAGCGGCAGGCGCACCGACACCAGCCGCUCAUCCUCCUGUUCAUCGUUAGCUGUUAGCAGGUCGCUUUUGGGAAACUUUGAGGAGUCAAUCCUAAAGGGUCGGUUCCCUCCGUCAGGACGAAUUGAGGGUUUCACAGCCGAGAUCGGGGCGAGUGGCUCGUACUGUCCCAAACACGCCACUCUACCUGUACAGGUGACCUACUACGACACGUCUGAGCACAGCGCGCCCUCACCCUUCCUGGGUGUGAUCUCACUGGAGCCCCUGGGAAAGAAAGGAUACAGUGUACCUAAAGCAGGGACCAUUCAAGUGACCUUAUUCAACCCCAAUAAGACUGUGGUGAAAAUGUUCCUGGUGACCUACAAUUUCGGGGACAUGCCUGUCAAUCACAUGACCUUCCUGCGCCAUCGUAUCUUCCUGGUGCCUGUGGAGGAAGGGGUGGAGUCAGGGGCAGGAACAGAAAGCUCCGCCUCUGAUAGGAAGAAGAUUCUAUGCUACCUGAUACACCUUAGAUUCCAGAGCUCCAAAUCUGGAAAGAUCUACUUGCACAACGAUAUCCGGCUGCUAUUCUCCCGCAAAUCCAUCGAGGUGGACACGGGGAUCCCUUACGAACUCAAGUCCUUCACCGAGGUGCCAAGAAACCCCAAGUACUCCCCACGUGUGUGACCCUGACAAACUGCAGGACAGACUUGUAAAAUAGACUAAAAUAAUGCCUUCUGAUUCCAGAAUAGUGGAUCUUGAACGUGCUCACACACACAUGACCCACUAGAAUGACGGACUCUCCACUGAUGUAGCUUUGUGACUGAAGAGAGUUUUUCCCCUAGACAGGAUGUUUGCUCUGCCUAAGCCCCACCCACUUGAGACUGUUGGCCAGUGGUGGCCGUGUGCACUGACCCGGUCGACCAAUCGGAUCGAGUGCCUGGUUAUAGGAGUGAAGGAAGGAGCACUGCAGCGAGCCUGUAGUGGAUGUGGGAUGUGGUGUACAGACUGACUUCUGAUUUCUCGUCAUCCGUAACGCCACUCGAAGACCAGAGCAGCUUCAGCGAAGGAACUCCAUCAACAAACAAGGAAGCCAUGUGGAGGGGAAACGGACUCAGGAUCUUCUCUCGGAAUGUAGACGGGGAGAAGGAUAUUUUGACUAACUGUGUUAACAUGAACAAACUGUAUUGGGAGCGCAGGACGCUACAAAACUGGACUCGAUCAGGAAUCGCUGCCACCUGCAGGCUGGCUUUAGUACUGCAACAAUAAAAAAACCAAUAACAAAGGCCUUUAAAUGGUAACAGUGGCACUAUAUAAACACACCAAAUGUCAAAACGUUUGUCAUGUAGCAAGCUGCAUUCGGGCUUCAGCUACAGCAUCACACAGCUUUACCAUUACACGCCGUGUUCAUGAAAGCCCCAGCGUACGCUCUCAGCCCUCUACAGGCCGGUGUUAAUACUGUGACCACUGCACUUAUUUUGUCUUUGAUUAGUUUUCAUUUAUAAGUUUUGAAACUUAUCAUCAUGGCCGUUUUGCUUUCGUGACUAUUUUAACAAGGUUCCUGUGAUCUGAUGAAAUCAGACGGCGUCAGUUUUAACUUCUUAUUCGAGCUGAGCAAAAGAAUGUUGGGAUUCAGCUGCAUUAACACACAGAUUUACCAUCUUCAACUCACACUUCAGGAAUUACAGCUUAAAUACUGCAACAACAACAAAAUUGAACUGACCAAGCUGGCAAUCUGUCAGGUUGUCAAAGCCGUUUGUUUUGUGGUACCUAUUUUAAAGAUUGAUUGAUUAAUUUUCUAUUAGUCAAUAAACUCUGAGAGGGUUCAUUUGGACUUUUCCUGAUUGCGUUUUAGUGAACUUUGUAGUUACUGUAACAUUUUUGACUUGAUAGAGUCAGGAAUUGCUGCCACCUUCAGGCUGUAUUUAGUACUGCAGCAGAAACAAAGGGCUUUCAAGAGCAAAAUUAGUACCAAAAAACCACUACCACAAUCCUUUCUGAGGGUUAGGGAACUCUCAGUCAACUGAUUGGACCUUUAUUGAUCGUGGAUUUGCGACCAGAAUUUGAUGUUCAUUCCAGUAGCUAAAUUUGGUUUUCUUAAAAUGAUAGCAAUGAAGGUCAAACUCCAGUCAUCAGGUUUGAUAGUAAAAAAGUCACCAAUACAGUGACUCUUGAUGCGCAGAAGGUUUGCAGACUCUGAUGGUGUCCACUUUACACUGUGUUACGGAAACACAUUUUUGCACAUGGUCCGAUUGUGAUCCUCCCUGUACAGUCAGUGAAGGUCUUUACACGGUUACAGUGAUGAAGCAAAGUGAGCUGAAACUUUCUGAGAGCUUGGACUUUUUCCUACCAGACAGAGUUUAAACUCUAAUCCCAUUCAGUCCUUCAGCUUAAAUAACUCACUCAUGGUCACAAACUCAAAGGUCCGAGUCCAGGCUGUUGUAGCGUCAGCGCCCCCUGCAGGACCCAAGCAGUAGUGUUUCAGUUAACUUUUUAACACCGACAGAGAGAGAGAGAGUAAUAUGCUGCGCACUUAGAGGGCUGUGUGUUAUUUUUCUUUUGGAGGGAUGAAGUGUGG